CAACCCGAGGCAUGAGACGUUGACUUUACCCAACACUUCUGACGCAGUCAAACUUCAGAGCUGAGGACGACACUUUUUGUCGUUCCAAAUGUUCGUUUGUUGAUCUGCUGCACACCCCUCUGGUUAGAUGGCAGGAACCAGGGUUACGAAUAUGCAGACUGCGGCGAAACAGCCCCCCCUGGUCCUUCCCCCCUCUCACGGAGCCGUGGCCAUGCGGAUUAAAGCCACCAACAGCAGUGGGGAGAGACUCAGCCAGACCAAGUCCAUGGUCAUCCCAGAACCAGAAACGCCAGGGAAACCAAUAAAUCGCCAUAGAAGGAACCAAUCACAACACAGUAUUGGUGGUGCUGGCGGGGGGGAGCUGUCUGUGCCCCUGCAGAGUACCUACUUGAACAAAGCCAAAAUUUCGGAGGGGGGCAAAAAGCUGAGGAAGAACUGGACUUCUACAUGGGUCGUGCUUAGCUCUGAUCACCUGUUGUUUUACAAAGACAACAAACAGGAAGCCUUGGUUAACCUGAAACCUGGAAACAGAGCCGAGGAGGUGGACCUCAAUGGGGCCAUAGUGGACUGGACCAAAGAGAAGUCCAGCCGCAGACAUGUGCUUCAGAUCACCACCAGUGUUGGGGAUGAGUACCUCCUCCAGUCUGAUGAUUACCCAACGAUAAGCAAAUGGCACUGUGCAAUCACAAAGAUCGCAGACAGACCAUGCAGCGGAGCGGGAAGGCAGUUGGCCAGGCCAGGCCUGCAGAGGUCCAGCAGCCAAGAGCACCUACCCAGGAGAGUGGCCGAGGCUCCCCCAGCCAAGGAGCCCAACAGGCGGUCCCUCAUGUUUCCUUCCAGCAGGUUGAAGCACAGCGCCUCAGACAGCAACGACAAGAUCGGCGUGAAGAACCGUCUGAAGAAGUUCAUCUCCCGCCGUCCCUCCAUGAAGACGCUGCAGGAGAAGGGCCUCAUUAAAGAUCGAGUCUUUGGUUGCCACCUGCUGACCCUUUGCAGUCGUGAGGGAACUACGGUGCCAAAGUUCAUCCGCCUUUGCAUACAAGAAGUGGAAAGACGAGGUCUACAAAGCGAUGGAGUAUACAGAGUGAGUGGGAACCUGGCGACAAUCCAGAAGCUGAGGUUUAUGGUUGACCAAGAAGAGGCGCUGAAUUUGGGCGACAGCCAAUUUGAGGACAUCCAUGUCAUCACAGGAGCACUCAAGAUGUUUUUCCGGGAGCUGCCGGAGCCCUUGUUCCCUUUCCGCUUCUUCGACCAGUUUGUAGAGUCCAUAAAAACAAAGGAUCCCAAACAGAGGGUGCAGGUCGUGAAGAAGCUCGUCAACCAGCUCCCCAAACCCAACCAACACACGAUGAAGCUCUUGUUCUGCCACCUUCAAAAAAUCCUCAGUCAUUCCAGGAAGAACCUCAUGUCGACGCAAGGCCUCAGCAUUGUGUUCGGGCCAACCCUCAUGUGGCCAGAGCAUGACUCAGGAAACAUGGCAGUCAACAUGGUGUACCAGAAUCAGAUCAUGGAGCACAUCCUGAUUGAGAGCCGUGAAAUCUUUGGAACAGAUGAGGUUUGAGAGACGGCGUACAAGCGACUGCUAGGAGAAGAGGAGGAGAGGAUAGGAUUCUUUUUUCUUCUUCUUCUUCUUUGUAAAACCAGUACAUGCUGGAAUAUUGCUAGGACCACAAGCCACAGCCGUUCUUGGUAACCUGAUGACCAAGUAAACCAAAGCGUGCCUUUUUUUACAGAAGGUAUUCCUCUGUGGGAGCAGUUAAAGUAUGCAUUGUAUAUAUGUGUGUAUAUAUGAGCAAGGGAGAUACAUACUAUUCUUUCAAAUAUUUCUGACCAUUUCAUUUUGUAAUUUCUUUUAUGCACAAACUAAUAUUAGAUGUAUAGUGUCAAUUGUGUCUGAUUGAAAAAUAACUCAGUAUCAGCUGCAGGUCAGUAAUUAGAAAAGAAAAAGUAAGUAUUCAGGAAAAAUAUACAGACCACAUUGUGUGUUACAGAGAUUGUUAUGUGCACAAUAAACUAGUAAUUAAUAAUUAAACACUCAGAGAGUACUCUGGGACCAAAUAUGUAGAUGUGAUAUCAACUAAGUGUUGAAUUAAUGCUGCAUUGUGGGGACAGGGGUUUCAUGCAUGUAUUUCCAGGUUACAUAAUCAGGAAUACGAUAAAUCACAAGUAUGGUAUGUGCUGAAAUGGGUUUUUUUUACGCAAAUAGGUCAUCAAGAAUGAAAAAUAUAAUAUUUGAUCUUGGGGGAUUUAGAGAAUACUUUUGUUACAGUUUCACAUAAUUUAAUUGUUUACUUGUAUUUUCUUAAUGUGAAUUUACUGCAAUAAAGAAAACAGUAAUUGCUACACCAGA